GCUGCAAAGGAGGAAGCAUGGUAAAGGUAGCAUCUUUCCAGGAUCCAUGGGCUCUUUGAGAGAUGAUCAGAGGGAGGCCAGAUGAUCUGCACAACACACACACCACUGUUUCUCGUCCGCAAAGGCAGCAUCGGAGCGUUCUCCCCAGCCCUACGCCCCCCGGCUUGCCCGAUCGUUUCCGGAUGUUUCGCAGCUGCGAGUGGGAGGUCCUGGAGCGAUCCCUCAAUAGCCUUCAGGCCAGCGACUUCUACUGGGGCCCCUUAUCCGUGGGGGAGGCUCACGCCAAGCUCCAGCGAGAGCCUGUUGGCACCUACUUGGUGCGGGACAGCUCGCAGGGGAACUGCUUGUUCAGCCUGAGCGUGCGGAUGCCGACGGGGCCCGUCAGCCUCCGAAUCUCUUUCCAGGAGGGCUAUUUCCGCCUGAAGAACUGGUUUUCAGACUGCGUGGUCCGGCUGCUGGAGCUGGUGGUGGCAGGGACUCGGAACAACCCCUUGCACUUUGAUGAGAUGGGGGGAACCCCACUGGUCUUCUCUGAGCCCCUGUGCCGGAGCCGCCGGGUAGUGCCCACACUGCGAGAACUGUGCUGCCGGAGCCUGCCUGCUGGCGCAGCAACGGGGGACAGAGCAGGGCUGGGCGGCUCCUCGGGGUUGCACCCCAGGGAGGAGGUGGUCUCACCCCUAGGUGGAAGGGGAGGGUCGGAGGGGAGCAUCGUCCCCAGCUCCUCUCCGUCCUGGGCUGGGAGAUGA